GCACGAGGACUGUUGCUCUUCUUUGCAAUUUUGCCAAAAUGUUGGAGCUCUUAUUGACAUCACAUCUUCCUCCACUCACUUCCGCUCUUUGAGCGCGAGGGAUUCAAGGAACGGAUCAACAUGGUGUUUGCGGCACAGCACGUUAGCCGCUGACGACUGAAUGUUAUCGCGACAACAACAAUUGAUAUGGAAGUCCAUUAUCGCGACAGUAAGCUUCACAUCUACUUGGUACUACGUGAAUGAAGCGGCUUCCUUCUUCAUUUUCCCUUACACUUUCAAAAAUGUCAUCAGUGAAUAUCAAUGCCCCGAAGCGAGUUGUGGUGAUCGGUGCAGGAUGGGCAGGUCUUGUCGCUGCCAAAACAUAUCUGCAAAUUGACCCAAGUAUAAACCUCACUAUUUUCGACAGCGAACGAACACUCGGUGGGGUCUGGAAUGCGGACCGAUGUUUCCCUGGCUUCCUUGCAGAUAGUCCAUCUGGACUAUUCGACUAUUCAGACCUGCCGAUGAGAGAUGCUAUUGGAUUGAAAGACUGGUCAGAUCUUCCUGGGGAGAAAGUACAUGAAUAUUUGAAGGCAUACGCGGAGAAGUUCUCAUUGGUGGAAAAGAUGCGACUCAACACCAAAAUAUCGCGUGUGACUCGCCAUGUCGAUCAGAGAGCUUGGGAUCUUGAAAUAGAAGGAUCCGGGGAAGUAAUCACCUGUGAAAAAUUGCUGGUCGCUACUGGAUUGAACUCUAAGCCAAAUUGGCCAGACAUACCUUUGAAAGACUUCGCGGGAUUAGUUAUUCACUCCAAGGAUAUCGGUACAAGGCAUGCUGACCUUUUGUCGGAAAAGGUACAGCGGGUUGCUGUCUAUGGAGGUUGCAAGUCUGCCAUAGAUGCUAUCAUUCUUUGCAUUAAUGCUGGGAAACAUGUCGACUGGAUCAUUCGCGAGACUGGGAAUGGUCCAGGAAUGAUGGUGCAAGUACGCAAGAGAGGGGUACAUGGUGCCCGACUCAUUGGAAGAUUCAAAAACAUCCUCACACCAUCAAUCUUCUCCGUCGACUCAUUCUGGUAUCGCUUCCUGCACAGUGGAAAGAGCCGACUUGGCAACUGGAUAUGCAAGAAGGUUUGGGCGAAGGCAAGCUCUGUGCCAUUGAGUAUGAGUCCAUAUGACAAGAAAUGCCCCAACAUGGAAAAGCUCAAGCCGGAGACGGGCGAUGCCUUGUUCUUUACGGCUAGCCUUGCCGCACUUCAUGGCUCGAAGAAAUUCGUUGACGAACUGCACUCUGGGACCAUGAUUCAGGUUCACCGUGCGACAAUCGCAUCAAUGUCUGGAUCCAGCAUAGCCUUGAACAAUGGAGACACUCUACCUUGCGAUACGGUAAUAUUUGCAACCGGCUGGGACUAUAUGUCAACUCUGUUUGACCCAGCAGACUCCCUCUCACUUGGCAUAACCGCGCCCUUGCAGGACGAAGACCCAAAAAUAGCUUCUUACUGGGAGAAGCUCCACAUGAAAGCCGACAAAGAUGUCCUCGAGAAGUUUCCAGUCCUCAAGAACCCCCCUCCAUACCAUCCCCGACGAGUAAUCCACACACCAUAUCGACUGUACCGAUACAUUCUCCCCCCAUCCUUAGCCGCGCAAGACGACAGAUCCCUCGUUCUCCUAGGUCUAGUCACAUCCGUACAAACAUCCAUCUUCGCCGAGGUCUCUGCACUCUGGGCAGUGUCCUGGAUGGAAGGCAUGCUAGGUAUCUCCAAGUCAAAGGAAGAGAUGGACUACGAGAUCGCAAAGGUCAACGCCUGGUGCGAGCGCAGGUAUUUGGCGAGAGGUCGGACGAGACAGAUUGCUUCGGCGGAGAUUCAGGAUAUCACUGAUCUAUUGAUGCGGGACAUGGGCUUAAAAGUGUAUCGGAAGUCAAAUAUAUUCUCGGAGAUGUUUCUUCCUGGUUCGGCGCAGGAUUAUAGAGGGAUUGUAGAGGAUAUGUUGGAGAAAUCGAAGGUGAAGAGUGAGAAAUAGAGUUGGG